AUGACAAGACACAAGAUCCUAAGCUUUACUGUGAUGUAUUUCAUCCAGGCUUGGACUUUGGGUGUGGACUCCAAGAUGGUUAAUCUCCAUCAGCCUGGUCUCAAUUCCCCCAUACCCUUAGACAUGGUCCUUAAGUCUGUUGACGACAUGUAUAACGGCUGCACUGAACAAAUGCACAACAAGGUGCAGAAGGAAUAUCUUCCAAAAGAAAACAAAACAGAGAUCUUCAGAAAACCCUGGUUGAUUGCAGAAAAAUGUGCCUCAAAAAAGAAGAAUGAAGACAAUCUUAGCAUAGACCAUAUCAAGGCUAUCUGUGCUUACACAGCAGGAGAUUUUAAGAUAUACCCAGUGUUCAACCAGGAAGUCAGGACCAGUAGCACAGUCUACAGGUCCACCUUCCAGUUCCACUCCCUGCAUUUCUUCCUGACUGAUGCUCUCCGCCUCCUGAAGGAAAACCAACAGCGCUGUUACAAGACAUUUCGAAGAACCAACAUGGUGUUUUUAGGUGAAGUUAACAAAAUAAUCAGAUUCGGCUUCUUUGCCUCCAGCUCUUUCCUAAAGAACUUGACACAUUUUGGAGAGAAGUCCUGCUUUAAUAUAACUACAUGUGCAGGAGCUGAUCUCAAGUCCUACCCAGUGAUGGGAGACUACGAGAAGGAGGUGUUGAUUCCACCUUUUGAGAUGUUCAAUAUUACCAAAAAGGAAAAGGGACAGAAGUUUUUGAACUGUGAAACUCUCUACUACCUGGAUAGUGUAGGGCUCCAGAGCAAUCUGAAUUGUCAAGCUGUAUAGGAAAAUACAGCAGUCAACAUGUCUGUUAGUCAGUGAAACUCUCUCUCAUUCAGAGAGUGAAAUGAAACAGGCUGGGCUACUUUUGCUUGCUUGUUUCCCUGUGGAUUUCCCCCAUCACUGUAGACCUGUGUUAUAUACUGUAUGUUCACAUCGUUCUUCUUCUGCGAGGCCCUUUGCUCCAUAAUGUAAUGCCCACACAGGGAGAAAUCUAAUAUAGAAUUUCUGCUACCAACAACUUCAUCAUAGGUUACAUACAAACCUGGAUUCAAAUACUGUUUGAAACAUUUUCAUAUAAUUUAUUUGCAUUUAAUUUAGCUUGCAUGUUGCAUUGAAACCAAUAGAACAGUCCCCAAAGUGCAAACCCUGCCCACCUGGCAUUCCACCCAGGUUAAAGAAAACGCUCAAAGUAUUAGAAAGAUUUCAAAUAGUAUUUGAACCCAGGUCAUAUAUAGCAUUUACUGUAACUAUAUUUACUAUAGCAAUUACUGUAACUAUAUUUACUGUAACUAUAUUUGCUGUAGAAUUUACUGUAACUAUAUUUACUGUAGCAUUUACUGUAACUAUAUUUACUGUAUUAUUUACUGUAACUAUAUUUACUGUAGCAUUUACUG